GCGUGUGAGCGCGCUGAGCCAGCUUGAAACAUCCGUCAUUUCCGUGUAUUUCGCCACGAAGCAGUGUGCAUACAGGGAAAGAGUGUAUAUGAGCGGAUCAGGUGAUUGGUGGCGGAUAUUGGCUUCGAUGGGCAAGGUUAUAGUUUGGCGGAGGAUCCGAGCUUGGCACGGGCACUGCUGAGCUGCGUCCGGCCGAGUUCUUUGUUAGGAUGAGCCGUUAUAAGCUUGCAUAUUUAAGCUUGGGGCUUCCAUGACUUCUGAAGUACAGCGCUCGGUGCCACAUACUUCUUUCAACUUCGACCCCUCGGUAGCUCCGCCAGCGAGCGCAUGGGUUCCUCCGAGCUGGAUGAUAGCCCAUAAUGCCGACCCGAAGACACCCAAGCACCCUAGCCUCAACGGUCUAGGCGACCCUUGGGACCCUCGUCGCCCGACAUUCAAGGGCAUAAACCUCACAAAACCAGACCUGCGCAUCAAAGUCCCCGACAUCUCCAUUGCCCCGCAGCGCCCAGAUGACACAGACACAACCAUCGCCUUCGUCGACGUCAACAUCCUCGACUCGACGGGUGCCCCGCCCUAUAGGGGUGACGUGCUCGUGCGCGGGCAGCGCAUCGUCAGCGUCGGCGGGACGCUGCCCCGCGAGACGCGCGCGCGCGCGAGCAAGGUGGUCGAGGGGCGCGGGCGCACGCUCAUGAGCGGCAUGUGCGAUGCGCACACGCAUUUUAGCUGGACGAACUCGGACUCGCUCGACGGGCUCGCGGGUAUGGCUGUGGAGGAGCACACGAUUUUUGCGGCGAGGAGCGCAAGGACGUUUUUGGACUGCGGGUAUACGAUGUGCGUGGGUGCGGCGUCUGCGAAGCAGAGGCUUGAUGUUGUCGUGCGGAAUGCGAUUAACGCUGGUGACAUUCCCGGGCCUAGGUAUCUCGCCAACGGGCAGGAGAUGGCUCCACCCGACGGCGCAUUGAUUGGUGGUAUUACGCGCUUUGUCAAGGAUGCGGAUGACGUCGCCGCCGCCGUGAAGCAGAUGGUAGAGGAGGAUGGUAUCAACAACAUCAAGCUCUCCAUGAGCGGCGAAGAAAUGACCGAGACCCUGCGAGCUGAAGACACCACGUUCCCCGACGACAUGGUUGCUGCUGCCGUUGAGGCGGCUCAUGAGCACGGCAUUCGCGUCUGCUCCCAUGCUCGCUCGGACGAGUCCAUUCUGCAAUGCUUGCAGUAUGGUAUCGACAUCAUCUAUCACGGAUCCUUCAUCUCCGAUUCUACGAUGUUCGCACUCGAAGCGCAGAAGAACAGGGUUUUCGUUGCGCCGGCGCUCAAUUGGCUGUACGGAACCUUGCAUGAUGCAGCUGCUUUUGGAUGCAAGUAUCUCACUGCAGAGUCCGUCGGGUAUGCUCGCGAGUUGGAGGUUGCCAUCGCGGGGCUGAAGGAGAUGAAGAAGAGGGGCAUAAAGGCAAGUCCGACGGUCUCCGGCAUUACUUUGAUUCUUCCGGGUGGUGACUACGGGUUCGCUUGGACGCCGCAUGGAACAUAUCGCGACCUCGAGCUAUUCGUGAAGCUCCUCGACUUCACUCCGAUGGAAGCCAUUCUAUCAGCGACGACCCUCGGCGGUGAGAUCAUGCUCCACCCGCGCGAGCUUGGGAAGGUCCAGCCAGGGUAUUACGCCGACCUCAUCCUCGUCAACGGGGACCCGCUAGAGGACAUCUCGCUAUUAUCAAACCAGGAGAACAUCGAUGUCAUACUGAUGAACGGACGUGUACACAAGGAAGCGGCCCGUGGUGGAGGCCGUCCAUAUGAAGACAGUGCUGAUCGGAACCUGCUUGAGGAGGCUAAAAAGCUCAAGAUUGAGGAAGAAAUUGCGGAGCAGAGGCUGGAUUUGGUGGCGUAACGAGCAAGAGUUCUGAUGGAUGCCAGCCCGUAUGUUGUAUCCGAGCACUGUGUGAGUGAGCACAGCGACCCCAUGCUUAUCGUGUAUUCUAAACUGUAUCAUAUGAAUGUUAUAUGAAUCGC